AUGUCAUCAGCAGCCUCAAGUUCAUUGAGAAGAUUACCAUUUAGAGAAGCUGUAACCGCGUUAAAGACAGGAAAUGAGAAAUUACAACUUUCAAAAGAUGUUAAAUCAAUUACAUUAAGAUUCGUAGCUAAGAAUUCAGAGGCAGGUCCAAGACAAUUCGUUCGUACACAUGCACCGAGAUUAGCAUACGCAAAUCCAAACUUACAAAUAACCAUCAAACGUAUACCUGAUCCAAGAUCAAAACAUAAAAAUCCAAAAUCACCUGAUUCAGGCGCGGAAUGGCAAAAUGGUAUCAUGCCUAAACCAGAGAUGGAAAUUGGGUUUAAUGGAGAACCAACUCAAACACUACCACUGUCUCAUCUGGAUGGCGAUAAGAUACUAGCUCAAUUGAUAUCUGUAGCAGGCGAAGAAAGGACAAAGGUGAUAUCGGAAUAG